AUGAGGGUCAUAGCUCCUCUGCCCUCCCCUGGCAACGCCACUAGACCUAGGUACACUAUUUUAACUUUUAAGAGCAGUUCAAUAUUUGGAUAUCAAAGGCUUAACGAGUGUUAUACUGUUACCUCUAAAACUAUUGCUAAUAUGAUCGAAGAUAAAAUAUCCGAGGAGAUCAGAAAGACAUUUAAACUAGAAAACGAUUUUACUGCUGCUGAUGAAGAAUUGAAGAAGAGAUGCGUAAAAACCCGAUUGAGGUUUGGUGUGAAGAAAAGUUAA